AUGCUGCUUCUGGCUAAGGGGGUUCAGUUUCCCUCGUUGGAUGCGCCGGCGAUGGUGGAGUUGCUUACGCUUCGGGAGGCUAUUACUUGGUGUUUGGAUAGUGGGUUGACGGAGGUCCGGUUUGAGGGAGAUGCUAAGGUGCUUAUUGAUAAAAUCAAUCAGGGUGACGCUAGAGAGAAUCGGUUGGGUGCGAUCCUGGAGGAAAUUGGUCUUUUGUUGUGUGCCCAGCCGGGUUUUAGUGUGCGAUUUAUAGGGCGGGAGAACAAUAGGGUAGCUCAUGUAGUAGCUAGAAAGGCCCUCUCUUUGUCUCCUACUAUGUAUCGUUCGUUUGAUUUCAGGGCCUGGCUGGUUUCCAGGAUGUAA